AUGCACAGGUUUCUUGCACCAUUUGACUCCACCAAGUCCACAAGCAUUGACAACGUGAGCAGGCAACCAAUCAUGGGUCAUCCUAGAAACCUUCAUUUCCCUUCAUUUGAGCAACCCCCAACUCAGAUAAUUCAUGCCCCAACGCAAAUUCCACCUUCGUUUCAAGGGCUGCCAUUUCCAUAUCCAUACCCAUACCCAUCUCAGUACUCGCCCCAGCCUUUCUGUUUCUGGCAAAAUCACAACAUUCCUCAACCGGCUCGAUUCGAAUCGCCACCAUCGCGGCCGAUUGCUUUCGAUCUGGCGGGGCACCAACAAAAGGUUCUCGACGCUCGGGCGACGAAGGCCGCGAGAAACAGAAGAAAGAUGGCUCGCCAAAGGAGCCUCGGUUUGCACCGAAGGGGCCCUUCGGCGUCAUCUACUACGAACGCGAGUUCGCCGAGCAAUGGGUUGAUUUCAAGCAAAUAUCUCAUGGAUGGACAAACUUUGGAAAAUAAUGGUAGGGAGGACCAACAUACUUUUUUCAUGCCAAAUGGUAAGAGAUUUAGAAUGAUUCUCCAAAAGGAGUUGAAGAACAGUGACGUCGGGUCUCUAGGAAGGAUCGUACUUCCAAAGAGGGAGGCAGAAGAAAAUCUUCCAAUCAUUUCCGACAAAGAAGGAAUUGAAUUAGUGGUAAGAGAUGUGUGCUCUCAACAUGAGUGGAUCCUGAGAUACAGGUAUUGGGCAAAUAACAGGAGCAGAAUGUACCUAUUCGAAAAUGCAGGAGAAUUAGUGAGGGAAAAUGGACUGGACAUUGGAGAUUCCCUUACAUUCUACGAAGAUGAAUGCAAGAACAUCUACUUCUCCAUCGAAAAGGUAGCCAGAGCAGAAGCAAAUCCCUGGAAAAAACAACACCAGGCCAUUGAAGACCUUGACGUCAACACCUCAAUGGCACCGAUCUCAAAUGAACCACCAAGAGCUGUCGAAGGCGAAGAAGAAGCAGCAACAGUAACUCUCGAACAGUCAACGGGACAAUUCAAACACGGCGAAGGAGAUACCGAAGUCUUGGCGGCUAAUCUCUCUACAGACUCUUCUGCACCGUACAGAAAUUACUCAAAUGUCGCUAGUGAGGGGACCCCUAGACAACCGGAUGCUUCGACGGGAGACGACCAACAGAUCGACUUUGACGACUACUACAGAGGUCUCGAAACUCUUACUGCUAUGGAUCCACACAUUUAUUCCCUCUUGGACCUGUCUUGGAUAGGCAACAGCGGUGCGACAUCGAAAUGA